CGUACGUGUUUUGACGAGGGGACUUCGGCCAGAUUUCGUCGUUUAGAAUUAGAAGCCGACCCCACUGCGCAUCUUUUGACGAGAGACGGAACCCUAGUUCACAGACGUGGACUAAUGCCCAGAGGAGUGUUCAGAAGGAGGAUGACCUGCUACGUGUGGCGUGUUGGCUCGGCAUCUUUUGACGAGAGACGGAACCCUAGUUCACAGACGUGGACUAAUGCCCAGAGGAGUGUUCAGAAGGAGGAUGACCUGCUACGUGUGGCGUGUUGGCUCGGAGUGCUGACCUUUAUCGUACAGAUGAAGCUUUCACACGUUAUGCCUCACUGGUGCAAGCUACACACAAAACAUCCGAGCGUCCACCCCCCAGGAGCCAUUCAUUCAUCUCAGACACUUAAAGAGACAGUUCGAACAGCACAGUGUUCAAGUGCCUUGUAAAGCAUGGACUACACCCGUGACGAUAAAUAAGAGCUUCUGUCAAAUAGUAGUUGCAGGAGGGACUCCGGCACUACCGGCUUCAAAUUGCGACAAUAUCGGGAAAAAAUUCUGGCAAGAACAUGCUUUUUCGUGGUGCAGUAAAACCCAGCCUUAAACCCCGCUCGAGCUUGAGGGAAACACGAAGGAUGACAUGACACGAAGGCUCCCUUGAGCUCAGGGGUUCAUUGUGCCAUGGAUAUUCACCAGCCUAACCGCGGUUCUCUCACUUCUCCCAAGCCAACAGCCUUUUCCUUAAUUUUUUUUUUUUACUCCUUCUAUAUCAUGAGCGUUCCAUUUGACUUCUUGCUAAGAUAUUCUCAUUUUGGUUGUUAGUGUUAGCACCAGCCAUAUACAGGAAAAGUGUACUUGCCAGAAAAGAAGACAGACCCCAAAAUGUUAGUCUUGUGCAGUUCGGUUACCCUGGCAUAAAGAAUUCAAAGUUGUGAACAGUAAAGUUUAUAUACAUUGAAAAGCAUAUAUGUGUGGAUGAAUGCGUUAAAGCAUUAUUUCUUCUGGCCUGUUUGGUUGUACAUGGUGCAAUAUCCUGUUCAUGGCAUGCUUUGCAGAGCUAACAUGCUGCAAUCCGGAGUUUCGCACUCAAUGUGUCAAAAAAAAUCAUUAAAGGAACAGACAUCCCACAUUCUUCUGUGAGCAAAAUAAAACGCAAUAAUGGUGGCACAAUGGCA